CUCGCUGCUUCCCCCCUCACCCCACCCCCUGGGAGUAGCGCCUGCUCGUCCGCACCAUGGAGGCGCAAAAGGAAGCUCUGCAGAGGAUUAUCUCCACAUUGGCUCACAAAAAUGAUGAAAUCCAAAACUUCAUUGAAACUCUAAAUCACACUUUAAAAGGUGUACAGGCUAAUUCUUCCAAUGUAAUUGCUGAGUUGGAUGAGGAGUUUGAUGGCUUAUAUGCAAUACUCGACGAGAUGAAGGAGAGCAUGUCAACUAGUAUCAAGCAAGAACAAGCUCAUAAAACCCAAGAACUUCAGAAUCAACUUAGCCAAUGUAGUAACGCUCUGCAGAAUUCUGAAGAACUAUUGGAAUUUGCUGCUCGUUCACUGGACAUAAAGGAACCUGACGAAUUUUCAAAGGCUGCCAGACAGAUCAAGGAUAGAGUCACAAUGGCUCCAGCGUUCCGCCUGUCCUUGAAACCCAAAGUGAGUGACAACAUGAUGCACCUGAUGGUGGACUUCUCUCAAGAAAGCUCAGUGACGAAGGCCUGUGGCAAGUUAUUGUACUGA